ACCGGAAGCGCUCCGCUCUACCUGGAUCCUGCUCCUCUGGGUUGAAACCCGGGCGCCGCCAAGAUGCCGGCUUACCACUCUUCUCUCAUGGAUCCUGAUACCAAACUCAUCGGAAACAUGGCACUGUUGCCUAUCAGAAGUCAAUUCAAAGGACCUGCCCCCAGAGAGACAAAAGAUACAGAUAUUGUGGAUGAAGCCAUCUAUUACUUCAAGGCCAAUGUCUUCUUCAAAAACUAUGAAAUUAAGAAUGAAGCUGAUAGGACCUUGAUAUAUAUAACUCUCUACAUUUCUGAAUGUCUGAAGAAACUGCAAAAGUGCAAUUCCAAAAGCCAAGGUGAGAAAGAAAUGUAUACGCUGGGAAUCACUAAUUUUCCCGUUCCUGGAGAGCCUGGUUUUCCGCUUAACGCAAUUUAUGCCAAACCUGCAAACAAACAGGAAGAUGAAGUGAUGAGAGCCUAUUUACAACAGCUAAGGCAAGAGACUGGACUGAGACUUUGUGAGAAAGUUUUCGACCCUCAGAAUGAUAAACCCAGCAAGUGGUGGACUUGCUUUGUGAAGAGACAGUUCAUGAACAAGAGUCUUUCAGGACCUGGACAGUGA